AUGUAAAAAUAAUAUUUGGAAUAACAUUUAAAUGGACUUGAAAGGGAGGCAUACAUUAAUAAAUGUAAAUUAAAAGAAAUUGAUAAGUAUUCAUAUUAAGAUUUGUAGGGUAGUUAAGUAUUAGAAUGAGAUAAUAGAAUAAUAAAAGUAAAGAAUUUAAUGGUUGGAAGAAGGUAAUCUUGAUUUGCAUAACAAUUUGUUUUUGAUUAGAGAAGAGAAAAAGGAACUUCAGAAUAAUAAUUGUAUUUUAGAAGCACAAUUAAAAAAUUUAUAAGAGUAGAUUUUAUAAACACUUUCAAAUAUUGAUGUAUUUAUUUCAUUAAAAGGGCCAAUAGUAAUCAAAAUUAGAAUAUGAUUUACAAUAAGAAAGGAGUUUGAAUUAAUAAUUAAAAAAUGAGAUUUAAAUAUUAUAAAGUUAAUUAGAUCAAUUAGAAUUAGAGCGCUAAAAAUUGGAAGAAGAAUUGAAAACUAAAAGUUUAAAUUAAAUAAUUUAUAUUAACAAUGAUGCUUUGACUAAUGUUUUAUAGAAUUACAACCAAUAUAUUGAGAAUUUUAAUAAUGAAAAAAAAUAAUUAUUAAAUUAAAUAUAAUAAUAUAAAGUUUUAGAAGAAAAGACAAGUAAAUAUGAAAUUUUUAUUAAUUAGAAAUUGAUAAUUAAAAAAGAAUUGAUAGAUUUUAGGUGAUAAUAAAGAAUGCAGAAGAUAAAAAAAAGAUUCUUGAUGAGGAAAUAGUAAAUUUGAAGAAUGUAAUAGAGAAUUAAAAGAAGACUUUGGAAGAUUAAUAAAUAUAAUUAUAAGAAUAAGAGAAAUUAAGAUUAGAAUUAUAAAAAGAAUAAUAAAUAAUAUCAGAAUAAAAUAUAUCUUAAUAAGAAUAAAUAGCAAAAUUAUAAAAAAAAAUAAAUUCUUCACAUUCUAUUGUUUAUGAUAUGAUGAAUAUUAUACUACCAUCAGAUAUGGAAGAAAUAUUAUAAAUUAAAUAGGAAUUAUUAAAAAAUGAGGAAGAAAUAAAGAGUUUGAAAGAAAUGAAUAAAAAUUUAAGUUAAGAGAAGAAGAAAUUUUAAGAUUUAGUAGAAAAAGAAUUACCAUUUGUAAAACAAAGGAAACAAGAAUUUGAAUAGUUGAUGGCUAUAUCUUUGUAAUAAAAGAAAAAACUAGAAUUAGAGAUUAAUUUAAAUAAAAAAUUAAAAGAAAAUUUAAAUUAAUUAGAAAUAGAAUUAUAAUAGGUUAAAUAAAAGGAGGAAAUUCAAACUAUAGAAAUUCUUAAAUUAAGAUCAGAAAAUCUAACUUGUAGAACUUAGAUAUAAGAGUUAUCAGUAAUUGAUCUUUUUAAAAAUCAAUCUUAAGUUUCAAAUACUGAUGCUUAAGUAUUCAUUAAAUAACUAUGUCAAGAGAACGAAUAAUUAAAAAAUUAAAUAGAAUAAAUCUUAAUAAAUUACUAAUCAUAAAAUAGACCAAUUAAUUAAAGUGAUAAAUUUCAAGAAGAAAAUUUGAAUCUUAAAUAUAUUUUAAGUGUUAAAGAGGAUGAAAUUUUGAAUUUAAAAGAGAAAGUUAAUAUAAUGACUUAAGAGAAAGCAUUGGGAUAGAUUAUUAAUAAUAAUAAAGUGUAACCAAUUGUUCAUAAAAUUGAAAGUAAUUUAUUAUUAUUAUACUAAAAUUAGAAAUUAAAGUUAAAACAGAAAAAUAGUAGAAUUUAUUAAAAGAAUUCAGAAAUUAGAGGAUGGAAAAACGGAAGUUAGAAUUUAAACUAGAGGAACUUGAAUUUUAAAUAUCUAAAUUAAAAAGUUAAUAUUAGUUGGAAAGAUAGUAGAAGGAAUUCUUAGAGAAGAAAUUGAUUUAAUAAAAAGAUGAUUUUGGAAGAAAGAAAGAAUAAUUUAGAAAGAGAUAUGAAGAGUUUGAAAUAAAAAUUUAGGAAUAUUAAUAAGAAAUAAAUUUAAGUUCUAUAACUUAGGAACAUAUUAAUUAUUAUUAAUAAAAUCGAAUGUUAUUUUAGAAAAGCUAGAAGGAUAAACAAUUAAUAAUUAAGUAGAAUGAAGAAAUUAAAAAUUAUAUUAUAUAGAUUUAAAGAUUGAAAGAGGAGUUACUUAAUAAAGAACAAGAAGUGAUUGCAAUUGAAAGAAAAGAUUAGAAUGGAGAUGAGGAUUAAAAAAAAUUAUAAUUGAAAAAAAAAAUAUAAAUGGAUAAAGAUAAAAUAUAAAUAGAAGAAUUAUAUGAAUAAUUAAAUUAAUAAAUAAAGGAGAAGGUGCAAUUAAAUAAUUAAUUGUUGUAAGAAAAAUUAAAAUGUGAAUAAAUUUAAAUAAAUCAAAAUAGUGAUCAAUCUUUAUAAGAAUUAAAGAAAAGUGUUGAUAAUUUUUAAAAUAGAUUAAUUUAAUUUUAAGAAUAAUCAUAUAAAAGGAUUGAAGAAUUAGAGGUAGAAUUUUAAACUAAGAUUGGAUAAAAGUAAAAUGAGAUAUCUUAAUUGGAAUAAGAAAUAAUAGAACUUAAAUAGGCUUUAGAGGAAUAUAAAAAAUAAUAUAAAGAGGAAAAAUUAAAAUAAGUUAAUAAAUCUGAAUUAAGUUUAACUGAAAUAUAAGAUUUAAAAGAAUAGUUAUCUCAAACAAUAAAAGAGAAAGAUCAGUUAUUAAAGAGGAAAUAAAUGAUUGAAAAAAAGGAUUCAGAUUUGAAAAUAAAGGAAGAAAUAUUAAAUGCAAGGGAAUAAAAAAUAAAUGAAGAAUAAAUUCUAUUUGAAUAGACCAGAAUCAAAUAGAAUUAAGAGAUUUAAGAAUAAAUAUCAAUAUAAAAGAAUAAGGAAUUAUCAUUAAUAGCAUGUGAUUAUAUUAUAUAAAGAGAACUUGAUGAAUAUAAGUAGAGACUUAUUUAAGAGUAGAAUAAAGUAAAUGAAUUAUUGUAACAAUUAUAAAUGCAAUAAAACAAUUAAGAUAAUGACAUUAAUUAUGAGAAGUAAUUAAAUUAAAUUGGAAAUAAUGAAUAAAAAUAAGAAGUACAAGAAUAGGAAAUAAAAAUUGAAGAAAUUGAUGUUAAUAAUAGAAUGAAGAUUGAAGAACAAUAGAAUUCUGAGGAAGAAAGAUAAAUGGGUUAAUAGGAUGUUUAGGAAAAAGUGACUACAAAUGAAGUGAAAUUCGUGAUGGAAAUAAUAUAAAAUGGUAAAUUACUUGCUUAUUUAGAAAAAGCAAAAUAGAUUCAUGAGGAGUAGAAAGAUAAGACAGGAGAGAAUUGA